GUAAUCAAUAUCACGUGUGGGAGCUUAAAUAUCCAUGCUUGUAUUGUAAGAAACCAUAUUGAAUUAUAAAAGGUUUUUUGCCCAACACAUGUUUUGUCGUGAUAAUAUUGAGAAUUCUUUCUUUGGUUCAGGCGUACAUCACUAUGGUUCUGAAUCAGACCUCGCCGCCGAACAUUUCAGCGGAAGAUACUUGCUAUGAGUUGGAUGCAUCAAUCGACCCGCUAGUUAGUGGUGAUGUGACCGCAUACAAUAAUGGCUACGUGGGCUCCGAGGUUACCAUGAAGACAAACCUCAGCGAUGAUAAAGUGGAGUGUAAGAUCUUACUGGGUCAUGUAAAAACUGGUCUGGAUGAUUCGGAAGAUUCUUCCGAGACGAGUGACGAUGACGUCGUCACUCCUAACAACUGCUGCGCUGCGAAGAUGGAAGUGAUGCUGACAGCAGUCGAUGAAUUCUUCACCACCAACAAAGCUAUCAUCAAGAAGGUGACCAUGAUUCUCCUCCUGGCUGCCUACUGUGGCUACCUCGUGUGGGCCAUCGUCCUCGACUUCAACCGGGCCAUGCCCAUCUUCACCAUCACGAUGCUCGUCGUCGCCUGGUUCCUCUACGCUGUCAUCAGGGACAAGUUCGGCGCUGCUGUCUAUCUGAAAUGUUGUGGACCAAUAGGAAAGGUGAUCAGCAGCAAGUGGCAUGUACUAAAAUGGAUUAUCUAUGUUGCUCUGCUUGGUGGCCUCGCGACCUUCCUUGCCUUGGAGGUCAAUCCCCGAAACUUGGUCUCUCUCGCCGGAUUCGCAUUCUUCAUUGGAUUCCUUUUCAUCUUCUCGGCACAUCCCAGCAAGGUGCGCUGGAGGCCAGUCGUGUGGGGUCUGUCUAUUCAGUUCCUGCUCGCCAUCUUCAUCCUACGUACAACUGCUGGUUACGCCACCUUUAAGUUCCUCGGAGAUGAAAUCCAGAAGUUUCUCAGCUACACCGACUUCGGUUCAAAGUUCGUCUUUGGUAAAAAGUACACUGACCAUUUCUUUGCAUUUGUGGUUCUCCCAGUUGUGGUUUUCUUCAGCUGUGUCAUAUCAACAUUGUACCAUCUCGGCAUCAUGCAAGCCGUCAUUGGAAAGAUCGCAUGGAUUAUGCAAAUUACAAUGGGAACAGCACCAACAGAAUCGCUCACAGCUGCUGGCAACAUCUUCGUUGGCCAAACUGAGGCUCCGAUUUUAGUCCGUCCGUUCAUCCGGGACAUGACGCUGUCUGAACUCCAUGCCAUGAUGACGGGUGGAUUUGCAACAAUUGCUGGAGGAGUUCUUGCUGCUUACAUCAUGUUUGGGGUGCCUGCUGAGCAUUUACUCUGCGCCUCUGUGAUGAAUGCACCAGUUGCUCUCGCUGUCUCCAAGUUAUUCUACCCGGAGACACGAAGGUCGAAAUUCCAGGGCAAGAGCGAUGUCAGUUUGGGGGAAAUGGAAAAACAGGGGAAUAUCCUUGAAGCCGCAGCGGCCGGUGCCUCGUCCUCGAUCAAACUAGUAGCGAACAUCGCUGCCAACCUCAUUGCCUUCCUUGCCUUACUCGCCUUCGUCAAUGCCACCCUGUCAUGGUUCGGCAGCAUGGUCGGCUACUCUGAACUCAGCUUCCAGUUGAUCUGUUCAUACAUCUUCCGGCCCGUUGCUUUUCUGAUGGGCGUCGAGUGGGAGGACACAGGAAUCAUGGGAGAACUCCUCGGAACAAAGCUCUUCCUGAAUGAGUUUGUGGCCUAUGAAGAGCUCGGAAAAUACAUCAAGAAUCGCCAGGAAUGCAAAUACCCACAGCUUUCGGUGAGAACAGAAAUCAUUGCCACUUAUGCCCUGUGUGGGUUCGCCAACCUCAGCUCCAUUGGCAUCCAACUGGGGGGGAUCGGUCCCAUGGCACCCGAGAGGAAAGGAGAUCUCGCCAAGCUGGCUGUGAGGGCGCUGACUGCUGGUUUCAUCGUGUGCCUCAUAACUGCAUCAGUUGCUGGUGCGCUCACGCCAGAAACACCAUGGGAAGGAUGUGGGAAUUCAACACUCUUCGCCAACCUGACAUCUGAUACCAAUUCAACUCUGAUCGCCAAUCAGACAAUAGCUUUAAACUCGACAGGUCUUCCCUCUGUGCUAAACACCACGAUUGUCUAUUAAGUCAGUAUGAACUGACCUCAAACAUUCUGUGAACAAUGAUGGCUAGAUCCUCGAGAUAAGGAGCUGGUUAUCAUAUGACAGCUUCCGACGAGGGCAACUUCAUUCAGUCAUAUCAACUUACUGUUGAAUUAUCGUACGCCUUCGCUUCUUUCACCAAAUAGCUCUAAAAUAUUUAGAAUUCUUUCGUCAUACUCGUAGCAGCUGGUUAACGGAUCACACCUUCCGACUUUAGAGGCCUACUCUGAUCAGUCGUAUCAUUCAAUCAAACUCAUUUGUUUUUUUCACCAUGAGUAGAUUUGAACUGAUUGGUUCCUUUGAUAGUUUGGGAAGGAGUUUAUUAUUUUUGCAUUUAUUAGAAAAUCUGUCGAGCCAAUUAUUUUAAAUGUUUGCUCGUCAAUCAUUUUAGUGGCAGAAAGAGUCAACACUUGGUUAUGGCUUUGCAAUGGCUUUUAACCGUAUGUAACUUUGCUUGUAAUUAGGCUAUAAUUCUAUUUUUAAUAUGCUUUUAUGGGUAGCAUCUGUUGUCAAAAUUGUUCAGAUACGAUCCAGAUAUGUUGUGUUUGAUGAGCCCACUUUGGACGCCACAUUCGGAGUUCAAGCCAAACUAAAUCAGCGCUAAUUCUCGCACAUUCUAGAUGUCCCUCCGAAUGAGUUUGUACAUGUAGAUUUGUAAAUAACCUUUCUUUGUAAUUGUAAUCAUUGAUUUUAAUCAUCACCACCACAACUUAGGAUGUAGGCUUACAGUUAUGUGGGGUGGUUGUUCCCCAAAAAUCAUAAGAAAUUGCACCUUAAGACUAGAAUUACGUUGACCUCAAUCGUGGUCCUGGUAGUUUUAGGAAUUCACGGGCGACAAAAAAUACAUCAUGAUAUAAUCAUGUGCCUUAUCAAUGCAAGUAUAUUGUGUGUUAUAAAUUUGUUUUUUUAAUUGGUAAUAAUAUUGUAACAUGCACUUCAUUUCAAACAACUCGUCAUUUUCACCAUCCAUUAAGGUUUAUUCAUAUCAUAUUCAAUUUUCAAUACAAUACAAGUUGAUAAAUACUUUUCCAUGAAUUUUCAUGACAGAUCAUUAUCAAAGGUCUUCCAUAUCUGGUUUCUCUGCUCACGAUCAUGUAGUGCACAGAACUGACGGCAUGUUGAUAAUGUAGAUAUCAUACUUGUAUUAUACUCGAGCAAAUUAUAUAGAAUAGAUGAAUGUUACAUUCAUGUAGGACUAGGGGAGCAAUAGUGUGACAGCGCGUUUUGUAUCUCUGGCUUAUUUUACACCAUUUCAAAUUUGUACAAAGAGGCGAUUUUUGGUCGUUAUACAACUAGUGAUAUUUGAGUGAUAUGUAGUGGUGGCAUCAUUCCUACUAGCCCAGGCUGGAGGGAAACUCCCUUUAGCUCAGUCGGUAGAGUGAUGGCCUUAUAAGCGAGAGGUCCCGGGUUCAAUCCCCACUUGGACCUUGAUGUUUUUCCUCUAUUACAGAUACAAUCAUAUUUUGGACGCUAUGCACCUGAGCAGAUUGUGCUAGUUUGAUCUCGUGUGCAGGUUUUGUUUUGCCCCUGCAGCCCUUUUCAGGGCGGUGCUGGGUUCACCCAUCAUCUUUGAAUUCUGUCCUAGAUGGUUGAUGAGCGAUGGCACUUCUGAGGACGCUGUUCAAAAAUGUUUUGUUUUUCAACAGCCGUAUACGUGCAUAAUGGCAAACCAAAAAAACAGUAUUUCUGUGUUGUGGUUGUGAUACUUGUAGCUAAGAGGAAACGUUUUUGCUCAGGGUUAAUGGUUGGUGUAUUUGUAAUUAGAAUCAGGUAAUAGCAUAUCAUUCCUUCUCUUAAGAGAGGUUGAUUCAUACUCGACAAUCUUAUCAUCGAUUGCUGCGUCUUCCGAUCACAUCAACUAUUUCCACCGUUCAAUUGUUUUCACUGAUCUUUUCUAUGCAUUUCUAUACAUGAAAACCAAUUCAUUUAUAUUUUCUAAGGGUAACAAUUUGUAUUUCAUCAACUUGCCCUUGUUGGGAUCAUAUUUAUUGAAAUGAGAAGUAAUGGAUUUAUAUUUUCAGUGUACAUGUUUGUUUUAUUGAAAAUAAAUUGUGCAAAAUUGAAAAAA